AUGCUGAGGACGUAUAAAGGCGUUUCUCUGGGCCCCGGGAGGCCCCUGCUGACCCAGCAGCCUAGCCACCACAGGAAGCUUCUCCCAGGGCUGAAGACGGAGGUCCUGAGCCACAGCAUGUCGAGUCCCCCGAUGACUGCGGUGCCAGCUGGCUUCUUCACCCACAUCCUGCAGACAUCCAACAUGUCCCCCUGUCUGUACACCACCCCCCACGGACCCCAGGCGAAGGCCCUCAGAUCGUCCUCGGGGAGACUCCCGGCCAAACGGAAGCUGGACCUGGAGGACCCCCAGUGCCCCCCAGACUUCAGGAGCCCCAAGGUGAAGGGCGAUGCCCCAGUGAGGCUCUGCAGCCCCAAAACGCCCAAGUCGCCCGGCGAACGCACACGCUACGACACCUCCCUGGGCCUCCUCACCAGGAAGUUCAUGGGGUUGCUGAAGGAGUCGGCCGACGGCGUGCUGGACCUUAACCGCGCUGCUGAGGUGCUCGACGUGCAGAAGAGACGCAUCUAUGACAUCACCAAUGUGCUGGAGGGGGUGCAGCUCAUCCGCAAGAAGUCCAAGAACAAGAUCCAGUGGAUGGUCAGUGGGGUCUUUGAGGGCUCCAUGGGGGGUUCCGGAAAGGCACGGGCUCUGCAGCAGGAGCUCGGAGAGCUGGAGUGCACCGAGAGGACGCUGGACCAGCUCCUCGAGUCCAGCACGGCGCAGCUACAGGAGCUCACUGAGAACAAGGAGAGCCAACUCCUGGGGUACGUCACCUACCAAGACAUCCGCUCCAUCGGCAGCCUGCAGGACCAGACGGUCAUCGCUGUCAAGGCUCCCUUGGAGACUAAGCUGGAGGUGCCGGACAUUUCAGGGGAGUCCCUGCAGAUCUACCUGAAGAGCACGAAGGGGCCCAUCGAAGUGUACCUCUGUCCGGAGGAGGGGCUCGAGGACGGAAGCCCGCUGAAGAGCUGUGUCCCCCCCCCUGCUCAGAAGGAGGAGGUCAAGGAGGAGGCGCCCACACCCCAACUGGACGUGGAGGGUAUCCUGGGGCUCCCCCCCGGACUUCUGCAGAUCACCGAGGACCAGCUUCCCAGCUCCUCCUCAGACGCCAACCAGUUUGUGAGCUUCUCUCCGCCCCUCGAGCACGAAGACUACCUGUGGGGGCUGGACGAUGGCGAGGGCGUCUCGGACCUCUUCGACAACUACGAUCUGGGCGACCUGCUCCGGGGCUGA